AUGGCUGAUUACUUGAAUGCACUUGCAGAAAUCAUCUCUUCCAAUGUAAAGAUCUUAGGCGACGCAUACGCUCAAGAUGGCCGCAAGUUUCCUUCACUCGACGAACCGUUCGCGCCAACCAAGUCAGCGGAAGCUGCUGCUGUUCAAGAGGCUACUCGAUUGAUUAUCGCAGCCGCCGCACAGCUCACAGCAUCUGUCCGUUCCCCUCUCGAAGUCCUACUGGAGCAAGCGACUGGGGUGUAUGCUACGGUCAUGCUCUCCUUCGCGAACGACCACAAUGUCGCUGAUCUAUUGAAGGAAGCUGGGCCUGAUGGUCUUGAUGCUAAAGAAAUCGGCAAACAGAUUGGCUUCAAUGGAGCCUACGUCGCUCGAUGCCUACGCUAUCUAGCCACGCGACACAUAUUCCGGGAAGUUAAACCCAACGUCUUUGCGAACAACAGGCUGUCGUCUGCCUUACUUAAGAACAAGCCCUUCAAAGAUAUUGAAGCAGAUUCAAUGACUAAAUACGAUGAUGCUCCCAUCUCUGCCCUCAUAAGCCAUACCACGGACGAGGGUUUUAUCGGUAGUCGAAGCAUCAUAGAGUUUAUGAAAGACUCGAAGGGAUAUGUCUCUCCGCUCAGCAUGUCAAAUCAAGACCGCGCAAAUUUAUUCGAGUGGUAUGAGAAACCUGGCCACAAAUGGCGAGCGCACCGAUUUGCGACCGCUAUGAAGGCGCCCGCCAAAUUGUGGGGUCAAGGAGCCUAUGCUUCAGUAUUGGAUUGGCACUCUCUUCCCACAGGCAGUACGAUAGUUGACGUCGGCGGGAGCACUGGCGAGGUCACUAUGGAACUUGCACGCGCCGCGCCGCAGCAUAAAUAUGUACUGCAAGAUCUAGAAGGCGCCAUUGUAGAAGCGAAGCGACGCUGGGCUAAUGAAUGGCCGGAAGCAAUCAAUGACGGGACAGUCACAUUGGAAGUCCACAGCUUCUUUGAACCCAUGCCUGUCAAAGCAGAUGUUUACUUCCUUCGAGCCAUCAUUCAUGACUGGCCGGAAGCAGAUUGUCAUAAAAUCUUGGGGCAUAUACACGCAGCAGCCAAGUCUACCUCAAAACUGAUCCUUCUUGAAUUGAUGGCGGUUCAUGCGUGCCCGGAUGAGUUGACUGGCGGCCGUACCAUCCCAUACCCUCUAUUAGCAAAUCUUGGACUUGCUGUGGGAGGUUUCAUCACUGCAGCUGACUUGCAGAUGCUAGCAUUGGUUGAUGGUCGCGAACGCACCCCUGGGGAUUUCGAAGAAUUGGGCAGAAUGACUGGCUGGAAGUUGGAAACGAUCAAACCGGGCCCUGGCAUGGCAGCUUUCAUCUUCAGUAAGGUAGAAGUGUAG